UUUUUUUUUAAACGAUAGUUUGUGUUUGUCCUUGUGUGUUGUUGAUUCUUUUGGUGUGUUUCUCUGGUCUUGAGUUUUUGUUGGGAUGACUGACACGGAUCCGUUCAGGACAAGUGGGUUGGUUCGUACACCCCCGGGUGCCCAUGGCCGUGGCCCUGUUGCUCUCUGUGAGGAAAAUGAUGAUAAGGAUGGGCCUUUGAACCGCCCUGCUCCAACUUUACGUGCCUCUAGGGAGAGUUUGAAUGCCGGUGAUGGAGAUGAUAUUGUAACCCGGGAGGAGGAGGGGAGGAGGAGUAAAGGGUUUAAAGUGGAGAGGAGACAGGGCCAAGGUUUUGAAAGGUUGCCGGUGUCUAUUGGGCGUGAUUCUGGGGGCUCGGAGGGGAUGGAAGACAGAGGUGCCCUGUUAGGUAGGUUGCAGGAGUUGAGAUCCGGUUAUUUAAAUUACGAGGCUUCCUUGACAAGGGAUAAACGCACCGGGCUGGCAGCGAUAUGGUUAGAAUAUGAAAAGAUCACCGGGGACUUCCAGAUUAGAAACAUUGAGUUACAGACAAGGAUAUUGGAUCUUGAACGGACAAAGGAAGAAGCGUUUGAGGAGGUCAGACGGUUGAACAAAGUCAUAGGAGAGCUGCGGGAACAGCUUGGUGCAGCGGAUGAGGGGAAGAGUUUAAAUGCAACCCUGUUCUAUGAUGCUAAGGAGACUAUUGAAGACCUUAGGCGUACCAACGUUGAGUUGGAGGUUAGGGUAGGGGUGUUGCAUGAUCGGGUGGUCAGGGCGGAAUCGUUAUUGGAGGAGGCCAAGGAUAAAAUUCAUAUAAGUGGUAAGGAUACCAGUGCACCUCCUGCGUCUUAUGCUGUGGCUGCGGCCAGGCAGGUACCGAUACAGAACAGGGAAGUGAAGGAGCGUGGUGAGGUUCUCUUUGUCCACCCUAGGGCGGAUGCCACGACGGAUCAGAUUAAGGAGCUUCUGCGAGAAAAGAUAAGACCAGAGGAGUUUGGGAUUCCGGAUGCGACUAUGUCUGCAAUAAGAAAAGGGGGAGUGUUAAUUAGGUCUAAAUACAAACAGGGUUUAGAAAAGGUGGCUGGUACCAUCGAGGGUGAUGAGAGGAUGUCCUCGGUUCUCAGGGCUUCGUUCCCCCGAAGGUUCAACCCUAGGUUGAGGCUGAGGGGGGUCGAGCCAAGGGUUACCGAGGAUGUCCUCUUGGCUAUUAUUAACUGUAAGAAUGAUAUGUCCAUCCAGCAGGAUGAUUUUAAGAUUAUUAGACAAUUUAAAAAUGCCGGGAGGAUAGGUUAUAUUAUUGAGGUCACGCCGGAGGUUGCUUGCACGCUGCUGAGCAUGGGUACACUGUACAUGGGUUGGUCUACAUGUGUUGUGGAGGAAGCUAUCUUGGUACGCGCAUGCACUUACUGCCUUUCUUACGAUCACAGUACCCGGACCUGCCAGCAGAGGAAGAGAAGGUGUUUGCGCUGUGGCGAGCUGGGGCACCUGGCGAGGGAGUGUCGUAAUGCAGAAAGGGGCCAGGAUGUGUGCAGGGCGUGCCAGCAGGCGGUCGCUGUGGGAGUUUUUACACAGGAGCUCGUGUGCUUAUGUCGCCUUUGUGUGGAAUGUCCGCCGGUGCGGGGAUUCGGAUGGAACAGUUGGCUGGAGCUCGGCCUUGAAGCUUGUUGUUAGUCAAGCGGCAGAAUUAUUAUUUGUUUUUGUUUUCUGUUGGGGGCUUUCCUGUUUUUUUUUUUUUUUGUGUUUGUGUGGUUUAAUAAAAGCCGCUGGAUUGCUUGGCCCGUUCGCUUGGCUGUGGUUUCGGUAGGGUAAAUAACAACUCUUCUCUAUUUUCUGAUUUCCUCUUUUAACUCGGGUGGGGGGUUCUGUCUGUCUUUUGGUCUUCACUUUUUUUUUUUCUCUUUUUCUUUUUCUCUUCCUUGGCUGUUCCCUCUGCGAUACCUUGUGUGGUGCGGAGGGGACAGUCUUUGUAUUUUUUUUUGUAUGUUUCCUUUUCUGAUCUUUAUGUCCCUA